CCUUCCCGGUGCUUGACGCUCCGGAGCCCUAGUUGUCUGAGAAGAAGGGCUUUUUCAAGGGAUUGUUGAGGAAAAUCACUCUAAUGGGUGUGAGGAAAAGAAUGUGACAAGCGCAGUGAGUGUGUGUAUGUGUGUGUGUGCCCAGUCAGUGCACCUGUCCCUCUCCGUCUCGCGCGCCCAAACUCGGCAGGCAGGCUCGCUCGGAAGGCGGGCGUUUUUAUCCAGUCAGCGGCGCACAACGCGGUCAGCCUGAACAUGACUUCGUCUUACAAUCUGGAUUUUUUGCCCGAGAUGAUGGUGGAGGGACGAUUGCUCAGCGCCGGGGAGAGGAUUAACGGUACAGCUGGGAAGAUGAACGGCGCUCUGGAGCAUUCAGACCAGCCUGAUCCGGACGCCAUUAAGAUGUUCGUGGGUCAGAUUCCUCGCUCCUGGUCCGAGAAAGAGUUAAAGGAGCUGUUUGAGCCGUACGGAGCCGUUUACCAGAUCAACAUACUGCGAGAUCGCAGCCAGAACCCACCACAGAGCAAAGGGUGCUGUUUUGUCACGUUCUACACAAGGAAAGCUGCCCUGGAGGCCCAGAAUGCACUGCACAACAUAAAGACCUUAACUGGGAUGCACCAUCCCAUACAGAUGAAGCCCGCAGACAGUGAGAAAUCAAAUGCGGUGGAGGAUAGAAAGCUGUUCAUCGGGAUGGUGUCGAAGAAAUGCAAUGAGAACGACAUUCGGGUCAUGUUUUCUCCCUUCGGACAGAUCGAGGAGUGCCGCAUCUUACGGGGACCAGAUGGACUCAGCCGAGGAUGUGCGUUUGUCACGUUUUCUACCAGGGCUAUGGCACAGAAUGCAAUCAAAGCCAUGCAUCAGUCUCAAACCAUGGAGGGCUGCUCCUCCCCCAUGGUGGUGAAGUUCGCAGACACGCAGAAGGAUAAGGAACAGCGGCGGCUGCAGCAGCAGUUGGCGCAGCAGAUGCAGCAGUUGAACAGCGCUUCUGCCUGGGGGAGCCUGACCGGCCUGACUGGCCUCACCCCGCAGUAUCUGGCAGUAAGAGGACACACCCACGCAGCCACGCCCACCAGCAGCACAGCCAACGCAGCCGCCGCAUUGCUUCAACAAGCGACCUCCUCCAGUAACCUAGGAGCGUUCAGUGGUAUUCAGCAAAUGGCAGGUAUGAAUGCUCUGCAGUUGCAGAAUCUGGCCACUCUAGCAGCAGCAGCGGCUGCAGCACAGAGCUCGGCCAGCCCGUCCACUGCUAGCGCCCUGACCUCCAGCACAGGGUCCCUGGGAGCCCUGGCCAGCCCAGCAGGUUCCACAGCAAACUCCAGCGCCGCCAUGGGUUCCCUGGGUUCUCUUGGCACACUGCAGGGUCUGGCCGGGGCCACAGUGGGCCUCAAUAACAUUAAUGCACUAGCAGGUAGCGUCAACAGUAUGGCGGCUCUGAAUGGCGGGCUGGGCAGCACAGGUCUGAGUAACGGGUCGGCCGGGCCUAUGGACGCUCUCACACAGGCCUACUCAGGGAUCCAACAGUACGCGGCUGCCGCCCUGCCCACCCUCUACAGCCAGUCCCUACUGCAGCAACAGAGCGCUGCGGGCAGCCAGAAAGAGGGACCUGAAGGAGCCAACCUGUUCAUCUACCACCUGCCACAGGAGUUUGGGGACCAGGACAUCCUACAGAUGUUCAUGCCUUUCGGAAACGUGGUGUCUGCCAAAGUCUUUAUCGACAAACAGACCAAUCUGAGCAAGUGCUUUGGUUUCGUCAGUUAUGACAAUCCAGUGUCCGCGCAGGCCGCCAUUCAGGCGAUGAACGGCUUUCAGAUCGGCAUGAAGCGUCUCAAAGUCCAACUCAAGCGCUCGAAGAACGACAGCAAACCGUACUGAUCUUAGCACUAGGGCCUCUCUCAUGUUACACUGCUAGGAACUCAUCUCCAUGACUCUAUGCUCAUCGUUUGCCUAGCAUGUCUACGUGGCGUACAAAAAAAAAAAACGUCUCAUCGUCCCGUCAUUGUUUCUGAUGUCUUUCUGAGUUCUCCUGCUCAUAAUCUGGUCUCCUUUUAACUGAUCUUUGUACUUUGGUCUUAGCCUGAUCUUUUUUGGAGAAAAAAAAAAUCGCAUGUGACCUCAUUUUGAGCUUUGUUUUAUUCCUGUUUUUCUUUAAUUUUGCUUUGUUUUAACUGGUGAGGGAGGGAGGGAAGGAAGGGAGGAAAGACUAAAGAAAAAAAAUACAAUAAUAAUAAUGUGAAAACGCUGCAUUCACACUCUAGAGACAGAGUAUAUUUACUAACAUAACCAGAGCAUCAUUUUAAGAAAAUAGAAAAAAAAAAAUAAGAAAAAAAAAUUCCUGUGGCAAAACAUUUACGAGUAUUUUCGUUUAUUAUUUUUUCGUUUGUUUUAUUUGUCCGAUUGUUUUGUUUCUCUCUCUCUUUAUGUUGUUUUUUGUUUCAUUCAUUUAACGUAAACUUGAACGUUCAAUACAGGGAUUGGCGUCGGGACUUACUGUCGGCAAACACUCUUAAUUUGAGGCCUGCCGUAAGAAACCGGCGUUGGUUUCUAAACGAAUAGACUACUUCCACGCAGUUUUAAUAAAAAAAAGAAAAAAAAAAGCUGUCUGAUCGAUAUUAGAAUCUCUCAGAGCUUGCUCGUGGUUUUUACAUUUUUCAGGCAGUGUAAAGUUUUUUGAUAAGGCCAUUUUAAGUGGCUUGAUUUCUCAUUAAAGUCUAUAUAAAACCACUUUUUUCUAGAGUAGUAAAGGUAUUAAAAAACAAACACAUACACACACACACACACACACACACAAGAUUGCCCUGUUUGGGGGGAAAUGCUACCUACGUGUCACACCUUUUGCUGAACUGACUUACAGUUAGACAAUCCGUGGUUUAAAUGCACAUGAAAUGACCUAUAUUUUAUACUGUUUAAAUGUAUAGAGGAAAAAAAAACAGAGUUUGUGUAACCCGCGGUCCCGUCGGUGCUUUUCGUGGAUAAAGUCGUGGUUUCAUCAAGUCUAACAGUCUUAUUUGUCUCAUGUUUUUAAAGAGAAGACUAAAAAUCAAUUUACUUGAACAAUAGACAAAGCCUUUCAUAAGUACAAUUACUACUUAUUUUGUUUGUUUUUUUGGGUUUGUUUACUUUUAUUCUCGUUUUUUGUUUAGUUUUUGUUUGUUUGUUUGUUUGUUUUUUUAAAUAGGAGUCCCUCUUUGCUAAAUUUCUUGUUGGGUAAUUAGCUAUAUAAAAAUCCUUAAAAGUUACAGUGUCGGCUUGUGAAGCAUCUAUGUCAUUCUAUUAUUUUAUUUCUAUUGUGGGAAACAAUAUUUAGAUGUGUUAUGUUGUUCAGCAAAAUGUGAUUUUUUUUUCUUAUAAAGAAAAAAAACAAGAUGAGUGGAAUUUAGUGCCAAAUUCUGACGGUACAUCCUGCCUACAGCUUCAGUGUUUUACUUGUGAAAUUAUUUGAUAACAUGGGUAUUUUAUUACGUAAGUGUUUUGUAUGGAACCCUCAUAUUUAAAGAUAUAGAUUUAAAAAAAAAAGGUUGUUAACUUGCUCUUCUGUGGUCUUGUUGCCUGAAAAUGUUCAUGUUUUUUGCUUUUUCUUUCUUUCUUUUCAUUAUUUGUAAAGAUGUAAAAAGUGCCCAUGUGUCAUAAUCGCUCUCACAAGCACACACAUACACACAAACGCACACACAUACAUUCACAGGUAAGCACACAUAUGCACGCAUACACACACCUGUGCUAAAGGUUGACCUCACAACCCUCUUUUCUUUGACGGUGUGUGUAUGUGAGCCCCUGAGAUUGAGUCUCAGCAGUUCUCCUUAUAAACAUAUACAAUUACACCACAGGGGGCCCAAAAUUGACAGAAAUUAACGUGUGAUGGGAGAAAAUAUUGAUGUAUUUCUGUGAAUUGUCAUUUUUGACCAUCGUGACAGCCUCGUCGUUACACAAAUAAUCAUUAUGGUUUAGUUGGAAACGUCUCCGUGUAGUCUCGCUUUUUUUGCUGCCUUUAUCAGGACAAUUUUACGUUCGUAGGACAACCAAAACUCGUCCUGAAGCCAAAGUAGUUCAGUGUGAUCCGCGGUGUGCAAUAGCGCCUGUAGCACUUUGCUGUAAACGUUUACACAUCGUUCAAAUGGCCCAUAAAACAAAAAUAAUAUUGUUUACAUACGUAGUUUACAGGCAGCCCCCGUCAGACCAGUUUACUUCACUCUAUAGCACUAUUUUAUACCCAAGCUCUGCCGUUGCCUUAACACUUUGAUUAGUAUUAAUGGGCUGGAAUUCAUUGCUGCACAUUUCAAAUGUGUGCCAAGGGUGUCUGCAUGUGUGUGAAUACAGGUGUGUGUCUUUGUUGUGAUUGGUUGUUUGUCGUCCAUGUUAUUUCAAAACCUAAGCCAAAACGAAUUCUGCCAAACUAUGUGCCGGUUAAAAACGUAAGGGGCUCAUUCGUGAAACUACAACAAAUUUGCAUAUAUUGUUCGCCAAAUAAAAAGCACAAUCAAUUAUUUUCUGUAAAAUCUUCCUUAAAUGGUUUGCAAAAAGUGGUCUUAAAUUGUAUACCGUUGUUUGAAAUAAAUGUUUGAGCAUGUUUCAUUUCUGAUUUGUAACAUAUCACCAUUCUUUUGAAAAUUGUCAUACGUAAAUUCAUUUGUGAAAAUCUUUGUGUUCAAGUUAAAUUUGAGCAAAAGAAGUUCAAAUGUUCAUAAAUGUGCUCAAAUUUUUUACAUUUUUGACCUCGAACAGAAUGUAUUUCUGUAUAAAUCGUUUGUAAAACCAGUUCUGCGCAAAUUUAUUCUAGAUUCGUAAGUACAUUUCUUACAAAUGUACAAAUAUUUUGUUAAUUAUUGCGUUGAUUUAUUUAGUUAAUUAUCACGUGGACAACCUGUGUCAAUUCAUAUGUAAAUUACCACGCAUAUAAUUAAAGAAUUUAAGUAAAUUGUCUGGAAAUACAAGCAGGACACAUCUACGUUAAAUCAGUCUUGCGUGAACUAUUCUAUAUGCACAAAAAUAAUCGCAAGAAUCUGGAUAUUUUUUGGUCCAAUUUUAUACGCAGUACAAAUUUCUACAUAAAUCAUUACGCGAAUCCUUCAUUUUGUUCCCACACAAAUCGAUUAAGUUAACGUAUUCGUUUUUACUAAUUCAAGUGGAUUGAACAUAAAACAAUAAAGUUUAAAAGCAAAAAACGUAAAAAUUGUGUUUUCAACUGUUCAAUUUUAAAUAAGUAGUUUGAACAAGCAACAAAAGUAAUUUUUUGGAGUGUUGCGUAACAUACAUACAAUCAUUUUAAGUAUAUUUUCCUGCUCAAACAGAACAACUGAUGUAUAAUAAGUUACUAUGACAAUGCUUAUGAAAUCGUCACAUAUAUGCAGAAAGACGUUCUGUAAAUUGCACAUUAACAAACUAUUAUUUCUGUAUAAACGGUUAUUGAAAUUGAACUGUUACAUGUUUCGCAAGACCAUUUUCAGACCGUUUUAUGUAAGAAUGGUUUAAAGAACGGUUUAAUGAGACAUUUGUUCUGAUUGAGUUUCACGAAUGAGUCCCAAAUAAUGGAAAUACAUUUCCCCUUAAUGAGUGCGUUUCGCAUUGGGAGGUUAAAGUCAGUCGGUUUUAGAUAUACUGUUCUUUUUUGCCAAAUUGUAAGACCACUAGCACAAACAUAAAAGCACACUAGCACCGCACAGUAUUAAUACUGACAAAUCCUUUCAUCUACCCAGUAAGGUAGUAUUUCCAUCCCAAAAAGUUGUUCGAAAGAUAGUGAGGAAUUAUAAUCAUGCAAAAAAAAUAAUUUGUCAAAAGCAUCUUCGAUUGACCUCAUAUCCUCAAUAUCACUGCGGUUCAGCUUAUACCUCAGCUCGGGGCUUCUCAAAUAUUGACAUUCUGCUUGGUUCAGCACAUUUAAUCACAAUCAACUUUAGAUAAACAGGGUAAAGCUUUCACAAUUUGACAUACACACAUAUUCGUUGGAUGUUUUGCAAAGCACAAAGUCGCAGGAGCUCUCGCUGAGACUCUUCACUCAGGGGUUUUCCGCACCACACGCAUCUGAAAUCUGUUUGUUGUUUCUUUUGUUUCUUUCUUACUUUCUUUCUUUCUUUCUUUCUCUUAAGUGCUAUUUAACAAGUGUAUUUUAAAGGACAAAAAAAAGAUGUGUAGUUUCUUUGCAUUUUGGCUUAUGUCAAGUUUUUUGGAAAUGUAUGUGUUUUAUCUAACGUGCCGUAACAAAAGCUUGUCGUCUGUAGAUUAAUAUCAUUUUGUUUGAUUCUAAAAAGAUUUAAAUAGUUUUAAGUAUUGUCUUGAGAAAAGCCAAAGUCAAUGCAUUUCAGUGGAUUAUGUAAGCGUGAUACAUGUUUGUUUGACAACACUUUGGAAAUCUGUCAUUGGAUGGGAAUUUAAAAAGUACAAAAAAAGCAGGCUUUCCUAUUUCUAUCACUGAUUGUACUUAUGCCUUUUGUACCAGUGGAACUUUUUAUACUGGCAAUUAAAGGAAAAAAAAAAACAAAACAAAAAAAAACAAUUUCUGACAGGCUGCGCGGCCCCAGCCAGGGGCCGUCAGCGACUGGUUCCCGAGUUUGAUUUCUAGUUGGCGUCCAGAAUGUUAGGUUUUGAUAUAAAGAUUUUUUAGGAGAACUUUGGCUUGGUAUCUUUAGCCUCCUCUUCUUUGUUCUUCUUCACAUCAAUAUUUGCUUUCCUUGCUUUCUUCUGUUCGUUUUUUCCUUUUUCGGAAAGAGGGUCGAGGAGUUUCCUUUUGGCUUAUAAAUACGUAAUACGGUUUUGUCUUUACAAAGAGUCUUUACAACAGCGGUAAGUUUCAUUUAGUUAAGUAUUGUGCAGUCACCAUGAUAAAGACGAUUAGACGACUUAGAAGUAUUUAGUCACCUUCAGUGGAUAAAUGUAUUAGUUUGACAAACAAGAUAAAAGUAAUUUGAGGACUUUGCUUUUAGCUGUUUAGAUUUUUCUGGUUUCUCUGUCUUUGCUGUUAACCUAACUGUGUAGCUGGAACAGUCAGACUUAUUUUUGUAAAUGUAUGUUCUUGUGUGAUGCAGUUUUUUGCCUCUGUCUCCGAUAUUAAACCAUUUUUCCUAA